AUGCGCUUUCCCACCUUCCCUACUCUCCUGCGCACCUUCCACACCGUCUCCAACACGACUAGCGCCUUCUUCCGAUCGAGCCCGGCAAACACCAUCGGGCGAACCAUCUACGGUACACCCCAGCGCGCGAUAAUCUACCGAUCUAUGCCCAACAUCCCCUUCUUGGGUGCGCUUUUUGGAUCCUUUAGCAGCAUGGCGGACAACACAAACUACCCCGUGCAGAAGGCCGAGGGCGAGUGGCAGGCGCAACUAUCGCCAGAGCAAUUUCGCAUUCUCCGUAAGAAGGGCACCGAAAUGCCUGGCUCCGGCACCUACGACAAGCACUACCCCGACGCCGGCGUCUACAAGUGCACCGGCUGCGACGCGCCGCUCUACAAGGCAAACCACAAGUUCGACUCUGGAUGCGGUUGGCCAGCCUUCUGGGAUGCCGUACCCGGCGCCGUUGGACAGCGACCAGACCCCGGCCUCGGCAUGAUGAGGACUGAGAUUGUGUGCAACAACUGUGGCGGCCACCUCGGACACAUAUUCAAGGGCGAGAGGUUUGGGAACCCCAAGGACGAGAGACAUUGCGUGAACAGUGUCAGCAUCAAUUUCAGCGCCGACGACAAGGAGAGCAAGUGA